UGCUUCGUCGAGCAACGAGACCGCAUUCCCAAGAAUCGCUGCUGUGAACUCGGCCGAAGUUCCACGGAAGCGAAGCCUACAAACCGGAGCUUGGUGCCUUGACUUUGCGGCCGCGGGGAGCAACCGGAGGCUGGAGGGCGGAGGCGGCGUCGACCGUGAACUGUGUCUGUCGCAAAAGCAGCAGUCAGGGAAGGAGAGGUCGAGAAGCGGGGCGGGAAUAGGGCUCACAAACACGGCGAGGGCAAGCUUCUCGUAGGGGCUGCUGCCACGGAUGUGAGCUGGUGGUAACGGGUUGUGCAUUCCCACCACCGUCAUCGAAAACACUCAAAACGGAAGAGGCAGCGGUGACGGCGACGGAGGGUUGGCCCUAGGGUCAUAAAUCGAGGUCGCAUGAUGAGGGCCGUGGAAACGUUGCGGCAAAGGCUGCCUCCAUCCCUGGGCUACGCGCCGGUGCUGCUCUCCGACAGCGACGACGAUGACGGGGACGGGGGCCGGGGGGAGUUUGAGAUCGCUGGCGGUAACUUCGGCGGGGGCAGGCAUCAGGACCGCGACUUGAGAAGACCGCGGCGGAGAGUUGGCGGCGGGGGGGAAGCGGGGGGCGGCGCGACGAUGACGGGGGGCGGGGGGCGGCAAGAGGAGGAGGACGAUUUGUUAUGGCCGCCGUACACGCCACUCUACACCAACAUGAAGGUCUUGAGACGGAAGCGGUUGGACGCUUCCAUGAUGUAUUCCCGCGCGGGGCCAUGUACAAAAAUCUGCUUCUUGACGUCCCUGUGGGGGGCGUCCUUCCUGACCUGGCUCGGAUUCACGCUCGCGAGCGGGUCCCCCUACAUCAUCCCGGAGGACCCUCCGGCGACCAACCUGGCCCGGUCGCGCUCCGUCUUCGGCGCCGCAGCCAUGUAUCUGGUAUGCGCGUGCCUGACCGGGUACUCGUGGUACAAGUCUUCGUGGGGGGCGAGGCCAUUACCGACAUUGGGAGACUCGACCUUGCCGUAGCACCGGGAGGGAGGGAGGGUUGGACCUUGAUGGAUUGUUGUGAUACUUUUGUUUUCUUCUUGCUGUUCGUGGGGCUCAAUGGACCCAAUGGAGCGCUCACGGUGGGAAGCCAGACCUUUGACUCUCGAUCGAUCGUUUUAGACGUUUAGUUUUUUUUUUUCCGUGGGGCUCAGAGGAGCGGCGUUCACGGAAGCUGUAGAUUUCGUGGAAAUCAAUCCUUUGCCUGCGUGGUUGGAUGGGAGCCUUGUUGCGCUGUGACGUCAUGUUCAUAUGCGCAGUGUGUUGUGGUGUGCGAUGUGCGAUGUGCGAUGUGCGAUGUGCGAUGUGCGAUUGUAUUGCUUUGUUUUUGCGUGGGCUGCGCGAAGCGGCUGACUUUUGAGAGGACGCGAGCGGUUAGGUGGGUGAGAAAACUACUUUUUUUGAGUGUAUGUGUGUGUUGAGUUGGCAUCGACCGGACUAGCCGGCUGAGCGAUGAGAGAGAGAUGCACCAAAUCUCAUAUCCUACCAACGAGAAGUUUGUUGUUUGUUCGUGUCAUGUGCAACGAACAAGAUUGUAGCCGUAGUGUCACGGGGGACGUGAAUAGGCGGUAGCUCAUGCGGAGCAAUAGGUUCGAAAGUCGCAAUGUGGAGCUGGAAACAGGCAUACGGGCUUUGUUUGGCUCUGGAGUACGGUACGACGGAUUCCCCGUAAAGGGUAUCAAAGUUGAUCGUGCCGGUUGAUUUGUCAAGUGUGGUCAUAGGUUCUGGGUUGUGGUACUGUAAACUUACGAGAGACCGAGAGAUAAUCGGAAAGGCUGUCCUUCAGUCAGCUUUCCUGCACCCGUGUUGAGGCCUGGUACGGUUGUAGGGUGGUUCGGGCGAACACGCCGAAAAUGUAGCCUGGACGGCGUUGGGAUAUGUACAUCGUGUGUGGUGUGCCAGGCCGGGGCAAUCGAUGCCCGAGGUCUGGCCUGGGUGUUCUGAUUUUCUCUGCUUCACGCCUUUGUUGUCGUUUUGCGAGAGUAUCUA